CUUCUACAAAAAAAGCGGGAAACUUUUGUUGGCAAUAAGUUUUGCAUGGAGAGAGAGAGAGAACAUGAUAAAGAAGAGCUAAUUGCAAGAUUUCCAAUCACAACAUCAAUUCACAAUUAACAUACAGUGUGCAUGAAUUGAAAAAAUUCCUUAUUUUCAAGAUAGAAGAGGCAAUCGCAUGAUUAUUUCUGCAUUUUAGAAACAAAUAUUUUAAAAUCUAAUAAUCUUGAAACAGUGGCAAUAUAUUGCACAUGAAUUUAUAAUUAUAAUCUCAAUUUUCAAAGUGUAAAAAUGGAACCACCACAAGAAUUUCCAUUUCCUUUUCCAGCAUAUCAAAUUCAAAAGCAAUUUAUGAAGGAAUUGUACAAUUGUCUAGAAAAUGGCAAAUUAGGUCUUUUUGAAAGUCCAACUGGUACAGGAAAAUCUUUAUCUCUCAUUUGUGGUGCGCUUAAAUGGUUAAUUGAUCAUGAGAAAUGGAAGAAGCAGGAAUUAAUUUCUAUAAUUACGGAAAUAGAUAAUAAAAUAAAGAACUAUGAAAAGUCAUCUGAUGAUUGGUUUACAGUGCAAACAGAACAAAUAGAAUUAAAUAAGCAAAGAGAACCAUUGCAAGCUAAGUUAAAUGCACUUCUUGAAUAUGAAGAUGAGAGAGGAAAACUUAAAAAAUUAAUUGAAUCAAAAAUGGCUGUUAAAACUAAAACAACUAGGAAAAUAAAGCAACAGUCCACAACAAAGUUUACAGAGUCUAGUAAAACAAAAAAAGAAAUUGACUUGGAUAUUUGUGAUACCGAAAGAGAUCUUAUCUUGGAAGAUGCAUUGUCAAAUUCAGAAAGUUCUGAGGAAGAAGAUAAGGAAGAACCAUUAUUUAAGAACACCAAAAUCUUUUUCUGUUCUAGAACGCAUUCACAGUUGACACAGUUUGUGCAUGAAUUGAAGAGAUCUCCUUAUUCGCAAGAUAUUUCUGUGGUGCCACUCUCAUCAAGACAAAAUUACUGCAUUAACAAAAGCGUCAAAAGAUUAAAACAUAUUAAUUUAAUUAAUGAAACCUGUUUACAAUUACAAAGAAAAAAAACUACUGUUAAGAAGGAAAAAGACUUAAAGAAAUUAAAAACUUCAAGCGGUUGUCCUUUUGUACCAGGUGAUCAAAAAUUAUUGAUGGCUGAAGUUCUAACAAAUAUUAAAGAUAUCGAAGAGAUUGCACAAAAGGGCCAGGAAAAUGAUACUUGUCCAUAUUAUGGCUCAAGAAAAUCUCUGCAAAGUGGACAAUUGAUAUUAGUUCCAUACAAUUCCAUUCUACAUAAAAGUACAAGAGAUAGUUUAGGAAUAGAUUUGAAAGGAAAUGUUUUAAUAAUAGAUGAAGCCCAUAAUUUAUUGGAUGCUAUUGAAGGAAUGCAUAGUUCUGUAAUUACAGGGAGAAAUUUGCUUCACUGUUAUAGUCAGCUACUACAAUAUCAGAAAAGAUUUGAAUCUUUAUUCUCAGCUAAAAGUGUAUUAUAUUUAAGUCAGCUAAGUUUUUGUUUAAAAAAACUUCUAACUCUCUUUGGGGCAACAACAAAAUCUCAUCCCAGUGAUGAGAUUAAUAAAUCAGUAACACCCAAAUUAUACAAAAUAGAAGAAUUCGAACUACUUACAGAGAUUGAUACAGUAAAUAUAUUUAAGCUGUUGGAAUUUGUUAAAACUUCGAAACUCAUUCAUAAAUUACAAGGAUUUGUCGAGCAGUACGGCAAUAGUAUAAAAAUCCAUGAACAGAAAAUAAAGAAAUCCGGUAUUACGGAAUUUCUAGAUUCAAUUAAAAACAAAAAUACAUCAUCUCUUGGAACUUCCAAUACCGCUGAUAUAUCGGAUAAUAAUGAAGAACAAACGAGCAAUCCAUUGAUGGUAAUUUUGAACUUUCUAGAAUGCCUGAAGAGCAGAUGUAUAGACGGCAGAAUAUGCAUUUUACCUGCUGCUACUAUCGGGCAAGGAAUUAUAAAAUUUUUAUUAUUAAAUCCAGCAACACAUUUUCAUGAUAUUGUGAGAGAUGCCAGAUCAGUAGUACUUGCUGGUGGCACAAUGGAGCCAAUGUCCGAAUUCAUAGAUCAAUUGUUCCUAAUGGCAGGUGCAAUGCCAGACAGGAUUAUGACAUUUUCGUGCGAUCACGUAAUUCCCAAAGAGAAUAUUAUAUCCAAUGUCGUGAUACGUGGUCCAACUGGAAUUGAAUUUGAAUUUAAUUUUCAUAAUCGGCAAGAUACAAAAUUGCUGGAUGAAUUAGGUAGAGUUCUAUUAAAUUUAUGUAACAUUGUACCAGCUGGAAUUGUAGCAUUUUUCCCAUCUUACAGCUAUGAAGACAUAGUAUUCAAGCAUUUAGAUAAAUCUGGCAUUGCAUCAAAAAUUUCUAUAAAGAAACGUAUCUAUCGUGAACCUAAAUUAGCAUCACAAGUCAAUGUAAUAUUAGAUCAAUAUGCAAAUUUCAUUAAAAAUCCACAACCUCCAUGUAAUGGAUCCUUGUUGUUUAGUGUAGUUGGUGGUAAAUUAAGUGAAGGUUUAAAUUUUUCUGACGAUUUGGGUCGAUGUAUUAUAGUUGUUGGUUUGCCAUAUUCUAAUAUCAAAUCACCAGAAUUGCAAGAGAAGAUGAAGUAUUUAAAUGAACAUGUGAAAUCAGAUGCUGGAAGUAAUUUUUACGAAAACUCCUGCAUGAAAGCGGUAAAUCAAUGUAUCGGCCGAUCUGUUCGUCAUAUCAAUGAUUAUUCAACAGUUGUAUUAUUAGAUAAACGUUAUCGUCAUAAAGUUAAAGUAUUACCACAAUGGAUCCAACGUUCAGUGACAGUCAAUGAUUCAUUUGGACCUGUAAUUGGUAACAUUGCAAAAUUUUUUUCGGCGAAACGAAUUAAAACAGUUUAAUCUAUGAUAACAGUGAUAUGUGUGUAGAUCAACUAGAAAGAUACUAUUU